AUGACAUCCUGGUACUCCGCCUUCCUCUCCAAGCCGGCCGAGUCUCCUCCACCCGCAUCGUCGUCGCCACCGUCGACAUUUGCUCGACUUGUCGAAGUGGCGGGACCCCAAUUACCACCUCCCGGUCCGGACUUAUUUGAGGCUCGAAGACGACUGUGGACCACGCCGUCCAGCAGCUCUCCGCGCCCUCCGCGCCCGGCCAGUCCCUCGCGGGCACGCUUGCACGAGCUCCUGCACACACCCGGCGCCCUCGAGAGCGACCAGGUCUGGCACGCAGGCCUUGGCCGUGUAUGGAAAGGCCUCGUUUCAGGCGGCCGCUUACGCAGCUAUCUCCCUCUCCCUCUUGUUAACAAAGUUCUAUACGCCGGCUGGGUCCGCGACGGCACAUGGCCGGCAGGCGAAGAGGUCCCUGAUGAGGACAACUUCUUCGGCACCGUCGCCCCGCCCCCUCCAGAUGACAUGACUAGUGGCGCGAUAACCGACGACAGUGCAAGUGCCAGCGCACGUGGAGGCACGCCUAUGUUUCCUGGCAGUUGGCCACCCCAAGGCCACAAUCCAAGCGAUACCUCUCCCAGCCCUGCUGGUUCCCGGUAA